AAACAUGACGCUCGCGAACGGAGCUGUCAAGUGUUGAUGACGUCAGGUUUGCGACGCGAAUUUUGUACUCAGCCUCCAGUUGUGUUUGUCCGUGAAGUUAUGUAGAAAGAAAGAAGCUGUUUAAUUUAGAUAUUGAGGGAACGUGUGGGUCGCAUCUAAAUAGAUAUAAUGGUGUGUAGAACCGGCGAGAGAGUGAUAGUUAUCUUUAAGUAACUAGAAGCAUUUGGAAACAGCAAGGUUAGCUGGCUAGUCUCAUCUCCAGGUUAUUGAUUCAUCUAACUAACAGCACGUGUGUCCACAAUUUGUAUACGGCAUGUAAGUUACGUUAUAUAGCUGAUUUGGUGUGUAGAAAUAGUUGAUCUACAUUAAACCCAGAGGCUAACAUGGGCUCAACCUUGAUGUUAAAAGUCAGAAUGUGUCUGACACCGUUAAAGCCUUUCUUUCAUCAGGGAAGUUUCUUCACACUACAAACUUUCCUGUGCAAGUCAUCACAGCUGCCUGUCUCAGAACGCUUUCUAUGCACCAGAGACACUAAACCCAACCCAAGAGGCAGGCAGACAGACACAAGGAACAGUAGACGGACUGGUGAACACGGGGAUGUAAAAACUAGCACCUUCAGACGCAGUGGAGAAGACUUGUGGGAUGAUGAGAGCUCUGCUCUUUGGCAGAGGCCUUCCUUCCCCAAAUCUAUGUUUGCUGCCGGGACAGCAAAGAGAACUACAGAUAUAUGGAAGAAGAAAGAAGCGAUGUUCUCUCUGAAUGAGGAGGAUGAAGGGGAACCUGAUAAGAGGACGACUAGACGAGCAGCGUGGAUGCAGCCUCCCGACCGGCCGCUCUCUCCUGCUGAGUGGAGGAAAAUAAAAGAGUCUCUGGAGAAUCAACGCUUUGAAAGCCAUAUGAUGAGUUUGCUGUUAAAAACCGGGGCAGAGCUGAAUAUCGCCAAGUCCCUACUGACUUUUGUAGCCAUGGAAACAGAGACGAUCCCUUACGAGCUGUUACUACGGUAUCUGGCGCUGUGUGUAAGCGGUGGCCACGACGCCGAGGUGUUUGAUGUCUAUGACAUUAUGCGGGGAUGUUUCCCUGCUCUAGACACAGGAGCCUCCACCCUCUUUAUCAAGUCCUUCAGCCGGACAGCGAGGUGGAGGGAGGCUGUCGGCAUCCUGAACGAGGUUAAUAAGGUCUUUACCCCUUCACCACGCAACUAUGGUGAUAUCAUCACAGCUGCAAUGAAUAAUGGAGACUUGACCACUGCCUGGGCUCUUUACGAUGAAUUAAUAGAAAAGGAACUGAGUCCGCACCAUGAUACCUGGGACGCUCUGUUUAGGGCAGUGAGGGAGUCUAAGGAGGACAAAGAGAAGAAGUCAGAGGGCCUGUCUCAGUCUGAGCACCAGGAGAGACUGCAGGGGAUUCUGCUCUACAUGAGGAACAACCAGAUCUACCCCCAGUUGAGCCUCGCCAUAACCAUCAAGGCCUGCUUUGAGCGUCUCACGGGGCAGAAGUGGAAAGGAAGUUGGACCAGCCCCAACCCAAAGGGUAUGUGUAGAUGUUGUGGGUCCGAGUUAGAGUCCAUCCACCUGCAUGAUGAGGAGUACCAACAGCUGAGAGACAGCUUGAUGACUGACGUCAUUCAGGGAGAAGAUGUUUUUAAAAAGACUACACAGGAGGAGUUGGAGAGUUUCAAGGCGUUUGUGAAGAGAAAGCCAGCUUUUGAUGUGGUCAUAGAUGGAUUGAAUGUUGCAAACUGGAACACGGACAAAAGCAAGCAGUCGGAGACGUUGUUGACGGUGGUGUCGGAGCUGGAGCGUCAGGGCCUGACUCUUCUGGUGUUGGGGAGGAAACACAUGCUGAGACCCUCCAGAUCCUGGGACAGGCACAAUAUGAACCUUAUCCAACAGAAAGCUCAUUGCUUCUUCACUGAAAACAUUUCGGAGGAUGACCCCUUCUUGCUGUAUGCCUGUUUGCAUUCCGGGAACCACUGUCGCUUUGUUAGCAGGGACAUGAUGAGGGACCACAAGGCCUGCCUGCCAGGCAAAGCCAUCAGACGGCUCUUCUUCAAAUGGCAGAGAGGCCACCAGAUGGUCGUGGAUGGAUAUGUUGCAGCAGGCAAGAAAAUCCGAUUUCAGAGUAUUCUCAGCUACGACACCAUUAUCCAGACUUCAGUGGACUCGUGGCACGUUCCCUUCGACGACACAGAGGACAGGUGCACCUACGAAAUACCACAACGAUGGCUCUGCCUCAACACAAAGCACUGAACGCACACACUCCCACUCGUAUGCUUUGAUUAUAACUGUGGACUUGUAAUAAAUAAUUUACCACAAAUAAAUAAA